AUGCUGCGAGCUGUUCUUUUCCUCCUGGUAGCCCUCGUGGCUACCUUCCGAUCGACCAAGAUUGAAAAAUCACUCUUUAGUUACGUCAGCGAAUUAUCCUUUUCCGGGUCGUUUGACAAUCUCUUCGAGACAUGUCUUAGGGUUCCGAAUAGCAUAUGCCUGGGGGGGACAUCCACAGUCGUCAUGUCCAACAGUGUGCCCAAGGGGCUCAUCGCCAAGUGGACUUUUGACGACAUGUACGCCGUGGACUACAGCUGGAACAAUAACCACAUGCACAAGUUGGUGCGCGCAGCCCCCGGCUUUAAUGGGCGAGGAUACAGCGGGGCCUUCGUGGGAGAUAACUCCGGUUUUGUCCACGCUGGCGACACGUUGAAAACGACGCAGUUCACCAUAGUGUUCUGGAUAUACCUGCUGGAGAGGCCAACGAAUAACUUCCGCAAUGUGCUUUCGCAGAUACACAAGGGGGGAGAAAAAAUCGCCGUGCUCCUGUACCCUCACGUGAAUAAACUAUCUGUGAGAGUGCUUACGGACCAAAAUUCAAACGAAGGUAUGUCUUCCAUGGGGCAAAUACCACUCAGGAGGUGGACAAACAUAGCCAUCACAAUGGACGACACAAAAAUCGAGCUCUACAUGAACGGGGUAUUGGACAACUCGGUGCUCAUCAAGCAAGGAGUUAAAGCUAACGCUAACGCUUCCUCUAACCAUGAGGAGGAAGAAAGGGGAGGGGACAUAACCAUUGGAAAAAACAUGCACUACUCUAGCUUUAAUGGGUACCUAGACGAACUGUAUUUCUUUAACAGGAGCCUGAACAAGACAGAAAUAAUUUCUUUCGCUCUUUCCAGCGUGACGGGGAUACACGACACAGAAUUUGUAUACGUUGGAAACUACGAGUGUGAUUAUGCCACGGCGAUGCGUGCUGACCUGUGUAAGGAGAACUACCAGCUUUGUUCUUCCUUCCAGUUGUAUAGUGGAGGGAUUCAUUACGCUAGGGUUAAUGGGAUUUUGACUGCCACAUCAAACUUGUGGUCAUCGGACGUAUCGGAAAAUGCCGUUGAGUCGGGGGAGAAGAGAAUUGCGCUUUGUUGCAGGGGCGGAGGCGCGGCCGACUCUCCAGCGGGGUUGGUCACAGGGAACAGUGGGUCGCAGGAGGCAUGGUAA